GUUAAGUUUGUUUUACCCAAUUUUUUAAUUAAAACCACCUGAAACAUGGCCUCCCUGCUGAAAGUCGCGACUAGCACGCUCCGAAGCACAAUAUGGCAGACACGGAGCGUGGCCACAACCACGCCGCAGCUGUUAAAACAGAUCCAAGAGAAACAGGAGAACAAUGUGAGGACAUAUGAGGGCGUGAAUAUAGACUCUGAGCGUUCCGAGAAAUUGCUGAAAUCCGCCUGUCAGACCAAAUUCUGUCCGGAAUGCUCGCUGGGCCUGGAUAUCAAGCACACCGACGUGCUCAUCCUGUCGCAGUACGUCCGAUCCGACGGGUGCAUGCUGCCCAGGCGCAUCACCGGCCUGUGCUAUCGCCAGCAAAAGAAAAUGGGCACCCUGGUGACGAUGGCCCAGAAGGCUGGCCUGAUGCCCAACCUGGGCCCGUCGUGGAGCAAAAAAGAUCCGAAAAAGCGAUACGGCUGGAAGAAAUUCAACAAAUAUUUCCUCGAGUCAACAAUUAAAUACUAAAACUAGUGAUAAUGGGCAAUAAAUGUGUUGAUAUGUUAAUACUAGCUUCG